AUGAUGGCGCGGAACGGGGCCGGCGUCUUCCCACCGCGAAGACAUGGCCAGACUGACGGAGAUCUCCGUAAAGAACUCAAUGCGCGCAAUGCGCCGCGCGACUCCACGAUUCUCACACAGACUGAGCUGGACAUUAUCCGCAGCAUGGUUGCCGGCAAGACGGUCAUGACGGUGCUCGCGCAAAGCACUUUGCGUGGUCGUACUGCCGCCGCAGAGGAGCGCAAGCGGCGCAUGCAGGAGUACGACAACGAGCGGCGGCUGCGCGGCGCCGACGACGACAGGUCGCUGGAGGACAUUGAGGAGGAACAGCAGCGUCGCCUCAAUCUAGAGCGUGCCAAAACGCUCAUUGAUGAACAGUUCGAUGAAGUCAAGGCGAUGAACCAGGUUGUGACGGAGGUGAAGUGCAUCGCCGUCCGCGACGCACAGAUCAUGGAGAAGAAGCGCCGCGAGGAGGAGGAGCGGAGUCACGAGCGGCAGAUGGAUGAGAUGAUGGAAUUAGAGGCCAAGAAGGCACAACAAAUAUACGAGGAGCGUGAGCGGCAGCAGGUGGAAGGGCGCAAGAAGAACCUCGCUGUGAUCAAGGCGCAGCUGGCGGACCGCGAGCUGGACCGCAUCCGUAAGCUGGAGGUGCAGCAGCAGGAGCAGGAGGCGAUGGUGCGCCACAUUGAGCACCUGCGCGAAGAGGAAGCGGCCGACAAGUUGCGCCGCCAGGAGGCCGCACGUCGCCUCAUGGAGGAUGCAGCGCUGGCGAAUGCCGACCAAAUUAAACUCAAGAAGCGCCAGCAGAACCUGGAGCUCGAGGAGGACCGCCGCAUCAUGGAGUACGUCCAGCAGAAACAAGAGCGUGAGCGGCUGCUUGCAGAAGAGCAACAGCGCAUCCGCGACGAGAAGGAGCGUGAGGUCGCCAGGCUUCGGGCGCAGCAGCAGCGCGUGCAGGAUAAGCAGGUGGAACUCGAUGAGAUUCGUGCCCGGCGUAUACAGGAGGCGCACACACGUGAGCUGCGCCGAAAGGAAAAGGAGCGGAAGGAACACGAGCGCGCGGCACUCGAUGACUUGGCGCGUGUGCGGCUGCAGCAGAUGGAGGAGCGCAUGCGCAUCAAAGAGGAACAACGCCAACAGGAACACGAGGAGCUCGAGCACGUCGUCGCUGUUCAGAAGUUGGCAAUCGAGCAGGAACGCGAGCGCAAGGCACGCGCCCGGCAGCAGCACGAGGAGAACUCGCUGGCGGUACUGAAGCAGAUCAUGGAGGUGGAGGAGCGCCGCCGCCGCGAGCAGCAGGAGUACGUGGCGGAGGGCAACGAAGUGAUGAUGCAGAUGCGCGAGCGCGAGGCCGCCAUCGAGGCCAUCCGGCAGCGCAAGCUGAAGGAAUUAGAGGAACUUGGCAUCCCCGACGAGUAUUGCCAGGCUCUGAAAAAGAUGAAGCCGAAAGGUCCUCUGUAG